AUGCAGGUCAAAGGCGUAAUCAUUGCUCUUCUGGGCAUCUCUGCCAUUACAGAAGCUGCUGUCGUCCAAAAACGACACCCCCUGGCUCGCGCUCUCCAACGACGACAAUUCGGCGGCGGUCGAUUUGGAGGUGGUGGCCGUGGGGGAGGUGGUGGCGGAAACAACGGUGGUCAGGGCAACAACGGCGGAAACAACGGUGGUCAGGGCAACAACGGCGGAAACAACAACGGCCAGGCCAAUAACGGCGGCAACAACGGCGGCAACAAUAAUGGAGGCAACAACGGCGGUAAUAACGGAGGCGGCGGCGGUGGCGGCAACACUCUGGACGCCAACGCCGUGCAAACUGGUUCGCAGCAAGAUGGCAACAACCCUGGAUCGGAUGAGCAAGCUGCCUCUGCAACGGAUGACAACAACUUCAUCAACUUCUGUGCUGGCCAGACACUCACCAAUGGAGAGCAAAACCGGGACGGCUCAUGCAACGGUAUUCCUAUGGGGAAGAUUCCCGGAGCCAAUAACAUGGUUUCUUCAGUCUUUACAUCACCUCAAAACGGCGACAACGUUGAAGCCAAUCAAGACUUUGAUAUCUCAGUCCAGUUUAUCAACUUUGCGCCUGGCUCGUUCACUAAUGCAACAACCACCUACUAUUCUGCUCCCCAGGACCUCGACGGUGGUGGUAACAUCAUCGGUCAUACCCACGUCACUGUCCAGGACACUGGCGAUAGUCUGAACCCUACUCAGCCUUUGGACCCUCAGCAGUUUGCCUUCUUCAAGGGUAUCAACGAUGCUGGUAACGGCCAAGGUCUCCUCACUGCCAAGGUUGACGGCGGUCUGCCUGCCGGUAACUACCGUAUCUGCAGUAUGUCUGCCGCUUCCAACCAUCAGCCAGUCCUCAUGCCUGUUGCUCAGAGAGGAGCACAGGAUGACUGCAUCCGUAUCACUGUUGGAGGUGGCAACGGCGGCGGCGGCGGCGGCAAUAACGGAGGCAACAAUGGCGGUAAUGGUGGUAACAACGGAGGUCAAGGCGGUAACAAUGGAGGUAACAACGGAGGUCAAGGUGGUGGCCAGAACGGCGGCAACCAAGGUGGCCAAGGUGGUGAUCAAAACGGAGGCCAGAACGGUGGUGACCAAGCAGCUGAUGCCGGUGGUGACCAGAACGCUGGCGGCCAAGGUGGUGAUCAGAAUGGAGGUCAGGGAGGUGAUCAGAAUGGAGGCCAGAACGGUGGUGACCAAGCAGCUGAUGCCGGUGGUGACCAGAAUGCUGGCGGCCAAGGUGGUGAUCAGAACGGCGGCCAAGGCGGCGACCAAAACGGAGGUCAGGGAGGAGAUCAAGGCGGCGACCAAAACGGAGGUCAGGGAGGAGAUCAAGGCGGCCAAGGUGGUGACCAGAAUGGCGGCGGUGGUCAGGGAGGUCAAGGUGGUCAGGGCGGCCAAGGCGGUAACGGAGGUGGUGGCGGUUUCGGCCGCGGCGGCUUCGGUGGUUUCCAAGCGGCUUCAGCAGGGGAUGGGUCUGGCAACAAGACGGCCUCAGCAGCAUGA